AUGCGGAGCAACUUCUUGGAGUUAUGCACCUGGCGGGAAGGUGGUCCAGCCGGAGAGCUGGCAUUCUCGUCCCUCACGCCCGCCGACACAGUUCAACGACAAGACAAAAAGCUUCGAUGGACUCCGCAUAUGGCCAUGAUGCGCAAGAUCAUGGCUGGGCAGGGCAGCGUCCUGGGUCAGCCGUUGUCAAGGCUUCUCACGGAGCGAGCCCGCUGCACCGAAUCCGAGAUUGCAACCGGCAAGGUUCAGACGCUUCACAGGGAGAUUAGCCGCUACAAGCGUCCGAGCGUUGUGAAGAGAACUUUUUCACCUUUGGCCGGGAAGUCUUUGGCCGGGCUAAGAGGCCAGAAGAGCGAUUCUGAAGGCCUUGACCUAUGGGGCAAGCUCGAAGACGAGCCGCAGGCAUCGCCGACUCCGACGAGUCCUCAAGCUGCCAUUCAGAAGGGCAAUUCGACGCUGGACCUUCGGGAGCUUGAAGACGCCGGAGGCGAAUUGGGAGGAGAUGGCCAGCCGUCGAGCAGCGAGAGCUCGGAAGAAGAAGUGGACGAAACGACUCAGACGGUGCGGUCGAUUCCACCGGUGCUCUCCAGGUGUGGAAGCCGCGAAGAGACCAACAGCAAAGACUCCGGUCAAUCGCCUCGCGACUCGCUUUCGCGUCCCAGCUUGGUGCGUCGCAUUGCAUCGGAAGACGGUGAGAUAGCAAGCCAGGCACCACGCCUCCGUGCUACGCUGAAAGACAAAAUGCAGAACAACGGAAAUCAGGAAAUGCGCGAAUCAAUCCAUGGAUUGGGAAGAGAGGCGACGCUGUCAGUAUUAUCAGAAGAUGGAAAGACACCGAAAGGAGUCGAUCAAGACGACAAUCGAGCAUCAUAUCGAUUUGGUCGGAAGACGACCUUCACGAUCAACAAGGCGGCAAAGAAAGGUUCCCGAGCGAAGAUUCGAGCCAGUCACAUUGACGGAAAAGGAGGUGGGGAACAAAAGAAGGCCCGAGAAAAAGGACCUCUGCCAUUUCGAGUCAUCAGCUGGAGCUCGCAAAAGCGGAGCUAUCGCUGUGCCGCACAAAACCUGGAGCCUCCAUCCGACCAGGCAUCGAUUUCGCGGCAACUCGCCGAGCUGGAGUCUGGCGCAAGCAUGGCGAACCAAUGGGAGACGGAUGCUGCACCGGAGCAUUUCCUGUUCCUUGAUUUUGGCAUGGAAGCUGAGAUCACCAGGGUAAAAUUGCGCUGCACUGGAACGCUCUACGAUCCCAAGAGUGUUACUGUCAUGCGCGCUGUCAUCGGCGUCCUCGAAGUUGUCGAAGAGCAUAACCGGCAGGCAGAAGAGGCACAAAGAUCACCUGAAGCCAGUGCGGUGAACACACUCGCAUUGAUUACGAAGGGAACCUGGGCCGUGAUUGCAAGAGCAUCUUUGAAGUCCGGUCCACAGGCUCGCGAUCGGUAUUCGCACACUCUGCGGUUCCCGCCCGUUCGCACGCGCUUCUUGCGAAUCACAUUUCAUGAGUCGCAUUCGGCCUCCGGCAAUAUGCGCCUGCUGCAGCCGUUGGUUGUAUACGGCAAGCUGCUGCGUCCUCCAGUUCCAGCUCGCAAGCUGUCCACCACGAUCAUGUUCCAUGAGCGCUGGGUCGAUGAAAUGGAGCGUUCGACGCGAAAGCUGGCACGGAAGUACCGGAUACCUAUUGACUACACGGAAACGGCGGCAAGGCAGUUCAAGCGGUACGACACGGAGAAUCGGGGCUUCUUGAACUUCACCGAUUUCAAGUGCGUGGUCCGAGCGUUGACCUACCGCCAUCUGGGCCAAAAGCAAGACGUGAUGCUUCAAGACAGCCACCUUCGAGCACUCUGGAACAUCGUGGACAGAGAUGGUAGCGGCUGUGUGGACUUCGAAGAGUUCCUGCAGUGGUUCUACUCCCACUUCCAGAAGGAAAAGCCCCCAGCAAGAAGCCUCCACUGUGACAGAAUGGUGGAUUCGGUGACGGAGCACUUCUAUGCAUCCAUGGGUGUGAACAGACUUCGGUGCUACGUGACUGCCCUCGAACCCGAACCCGGACACGAGGAGGAUCAAGCAGACAAGGAGGAUCGCCGUGCCGAUCAGGCCUGUACGUCUAGGUUUGUUUCUCGCGAGUGGGGGCGCCUUGGGUGGUUUUUGUUCAGGAGCACAGCAGUGAGUUUGGUUUCGAGGUGUUGA